CAUUUCUCUUAUGAUUCAGAAGCAUGAAGGCUUUUUUUCAAUUUAGUUUUCAUCUAUUUUCAAUACUUUCUCUUAAAUUCCUUACGAUUUCUUCACUUUCUAACGGUAACAACUAGUUAAAUAUUUAUAAUUCUUUUAAAAUAUAGUAUCUAUUUUUAAUCUAACAAUAACUAUUUGAAUAAUGUGUAGGUGGUGAAUUAUCAAAUUCAGUGCUGAUUGAAGAUUUGAUUCUUGAGAAAUACGAUGUUGAUAAAGUAAAACUGCAAUGCAAUUUUUACAAUAAUUCGAAUAUAUUAUCGAAAUAUUCGUGGUAUAUAAAUGAACGAGAAAUUGGUUCUGUUACUUCCAAUAAGAACGGUUCGGAUGGAAUAGAAAUACUAUAUUUUCCCUUUAAUCUGACGUAAUAAUAAGUUUUAAUAAAUUUAUAUUAAUACACAGUUUGUUAAAUUCUAUUCAUACCAUAUUUAUGAUUUUUCUCUUCUAUAGGUCAAGCAUAUCGAUAGAAACUAGUAGCUUUGCUAAUCUUGAUUAUUCAGUAAGCUGCGCCUAUAUUCAACAUGGUAGAGAAGUUGAGAAAAAAGAUUACCUUCUACAAUUUAGUAAUUUAGUUUUUGGUAUACAAAGUUUUUUUUUAAAAAAAACAAAAAUAUAGCAACAGUAUUCAAUUUUAAUUAAACUUGUCAUACUACAUUUGUAUACUUUUUCUAUAGAUUAUAAAAUGUCAGAAAAUUCCUGAAACAACUACUAGUAUUUCAAUACAAACUACUAGUAGUUUAGAAUCGACCACCGAUAAAGAAAUUUCAACAUUAUCAUCUAUUUAUUCCACAAUUGGAGAGUCUACAGAGAUGACGACAGAGAAAACUAUUAAUGAUCCAUCUAGAUGCAAAGAUAACUAUAUAAAAAUAUCAUCAAAUUGUGUAUCUUAUGGAUUAUUCUUUGGUUUGAUAGGUGGUAUUGGUGGUACUAUUAUUCUUACAUUGAUAAUUGCUCUCAUUUGCUUAAUUCGAAAUAAGCCAACAAAUUUGAAUGAGACUGCUUCUCCUCCACAGAAAACUACAACUGAUAAUUUGUACGGAAAUAACCUUUCAAAUCAAGCUCAACCCAUUCUAAGAGAAUUGGAAGAAGCCAUUGCACCCAGACUUGGAACUUUUAAUCAGGGCUAUCAGAAUGAUAGAUUGUCAGAUCCUAGUUUUACGACGUUUACAUCAGGAUUAGAAAGUAUUGAUACAAGUUCAAAGCUUAAUCUUCAAAGACCAAAACUACAACACAAACGGUCUCAAGAUAGUAUACCAAGGUCAAAUGAUAAAAGUAACGACAGAUCGUCCUAUUCGUCACGUAAUGAGCCUUACAGAAGAAGUAAUCCAGAAGAUGAAUACUAUUACUAUUAA